AUGCAACGACAAAAGGCCGACGUCUACGUCAAGCAACGGUCUCGCUCUAUUAGCCCUAAGAAGCAGGGUUUGGUGGAAGAUGAAGAAUUCUCGGCAUCAUCAAGUGACUAUGUAGCCCGGUCGGCAUUCAAGCUCUUGCAGCUGGACGAUCGGUACAGGUUUUUGCGGCCUGGACGCGUGAUCGUAGACCUAGGUGCUGCGCCUGGGGGAUGGAGUCAAGCGAUUGUCAAGCGUACGCGUAGCAGGUCGAUUGGAAAAGCGGGUGGAACGAGGAUUAUACCGCUCGUGUUCGCUCUGGAUCUGUUGCCGGUUGUGGAGAUCGAGGGUGUCACAUCGAUCCAAGGCGACUUUUUGGACGGUGCAACGCAGGACAAGCUGAGGAAGCUGGUGUCGGAGGCAGCGCUGGGUGUUGGAACCAAUGAGGAUGACCUAAAGCAGGCAGAUGGGUUCGUCAAUGUUGUCGUCAGCGAUAUGAUGGCAAACACGACGGGCAAUCCGAUCGUGGAUACCGAAGCAUCUUUGGAGCUUUGCCGUGCAGCAACGAGCUUUGCCGUUCAGACACUCAAGCGCGACGACCUUGACCUCAAGCAGAAGCAGAACCCGGAACGAAGAACAGCAAACUCGCUUGCCUCGACCUGCUCUGUACUCGUGAUGAAGUACUUCAUGUCGCAAGAAGCCGACCUGUUUCGCAAAGAGGUGCUGCAGAAGUACUUUCAUUUCGUCAAGGCCGAAAAGAUGGAUGCAAGCCGCAAAGAGUCCAGAGAGCAGUUCUGGGUUUGUAUUGGUUUCAAAGGUCACCUACAAGAAUAG